AUGAUCGCAGAAACCAUCUCUCUUGGUAUUUUGUCGCUUCCAUCGGCUAUGGCAGUGACAGGCCUUGUACCCGCACUCAUUCUCAUUGUCGGACUUGGUGCACUCUCAACCUAUACAGGAUAUGUGAUCGGCCAAUUCAAACUCCGGUAUCCGCAAGUCCAUAGUAUGGGAGACGCUGGGGAGGUGAUGUUUCAUCCCAUGGGACUAGCUCGCUUUGGUAGGGAAUUUUUGGGAACCGCUCAGUUACUUUUCCUUAUCUUCGUCAUGGGCAGUCAUAUCUUGACGUUUAGUGUCAUGCUGGAUACAAUCACAGAUCAUGGGACUUGCUCAAUUGUAUUUGGGAUUGUUGGUUUGGUAGUUUCAUUCAUCUGCGCCUUGCCUCGAACUCUUCGCAAGGUCUCCUGGUUCUCCUUCGCUUCCUUCGCAAGUAUCCUCGGCGCACUUUUGAUUACUAUGAUCUCCAUUGCUAUCCAGCGUCCGGGUGAUGGCAAGAUAGACGUGACUACAAAAGUCAGUCUUUCAAAGGGGUUCCUGGCCGUGACAAAUAUUGUCUUUGCUUAUGCUGGCCAUGUGGCUUUCUUCGGCUUUAUUUCCGAGAUGAAGACUCCAACGGAUUAUCCCAAGACGCUAUACCUGCUUCAGGUUACCGAUACAACAAAGCUUGCAUAUGGAAUUGCUAUUCCUACGAUUGUUGUAUCUGGUGUGAUCAACGGGCAUGUUGCAGCUAAAUAUAUUUACGUCCGCCUUUUCAGGGGCACUGAUCACAUGAAGAAGCGCACAUUCCUGUCCAUCGGAUCCUGGGUUGGGAUCACCUUUGUGUUAUGGGUGAUAGCCUGGAUCAUUUCCGAGGCAAUCCCUGUGUUCAAUACUUUGCUCAGUCUGAUCACCUCGCUUUUUGCUAGUUGGUUCACCUAUGGCUUGAGUGGUAUAUUCUGGUUGUUCCUAAACCGAGGCCAAUACUUGGCUUCCUGGAAAAAGAUGGCUCUAACCGUUGUCAACCUGGUUAUUGUCGCCAUCGGAGCUUGCUUAUGUGGCAUGGGCCUCUGGGUGUCUGGUAAGGCAAUUCAUGAUGAUACGAGUGGUGCCAGCUUUUCGUGUGGUGCUAGGGGAUGA